AUGGCAACUAAUGCAAAUAAAAAGGUGAUGUGUGCACAUUCUGAGAGACACAACAACAUCAACGAAACAGAAGUCAUUUGCAAGCUACGUUGUCAAAAUCUUCUCAUCGUUCAAAAAAGAAUAGGAUGUGGAGCUGGACAGCUCGUGUCUAAUCAUAGAGAUUUGCUUGGGUAUUAUACAUGUUAUGCUUGCGAUACAAUGUUGUGCUUUCGUCACUCAAUUGAAUGGCAUAAGGGUUAUACUUGUGAUGAAUUCGAUGAGGAACGAGCUCAAAAUGCUGAUUUGGCUUCUGAUAUUACUAAAAAACAGAUAAUUCCUGCAAGAUUACAAAUCUUCAUAUUGCAUAAGUUUUAUGCAAGCAAAGCAAAAAACCGGUUGAUUAUGGUAGAGAAUCCAGAUAUGGGCAACAGUAAUACACGGAAUAAAGAACACAAUGGUGAUGAUUCAGAACAUAAUAAAGUGCGAUCAACAGACCAAUGUAUCAACAAUUCAACCUCAGAUAAUGCUCAAAAGAACCAAGGAUCUGAACAAAGCAAAAUCGAAUGCAAUUAUCAAUCUCCAGUAAUCCGACUUCUGAAACCCGAAUGUCAAGGAAUACGUGAGAGAGUUGAACUGCUUGGUGAAUUGAUCACAAUCAAGAAACUUGAUUCAGUUCCUGAUGUUUAUGAUGAAAUGGCACAUAUAAUCGCAGCUACCGAGCGAAAUGAACGUUUACAAGCUGGUCCUGAUGGGAAACGUCUUCUUGAAUUGACAACUGCAGCAAAAAGCAACUUGAAUGUUGAUUUGAACAAACUCGAUAUCGAAUUACAACGUCAAUUUGGAUUGUAUUCGGUUGAAGUUACUGGCGAUGGUGCAUGUGCCUUUCGGGCUAUUUUGAUUUCGGGCAUGCAAAAGCCUGAUUUUUAUCACAGUGAAGUACGAGAAAAGGCUAUUCGCCAGGUUCUCAGUGAUAUACCUUAUUACUCUACUGUACUAAGACCUGGAGAUAAAGUGAGUGAGAAAGAAUUAAUAAACUGGGCACAAACAAUGGACGAUCCAACCACAUAUGGAGAUGAAAUGGCUAAUAUAGCUGUAGCUGAUCGAUAUCACAUUCAACUGGUUAUUUUUCGUGCUGGUGAAUUACUCACUAUGGUCAAUCCACGCGAUGGACAUGUUGAACAUACCGCUUUUCUUGUCAACGUCGGUACUCAUUACAAAGCACUCGUCUCUUGGUAUGAAUUGGAAGAAGCACGUAGAAACUCUGAACGUCUUCAGAAAUAG